CAACGCGCUGCAUUGCCUUUCGCUCGGCGUGUACGUCCGAUUGUACUUACGCAUACCUCGUGGCGUGCGAGUAGUUUUUGGAAAUUUUGUUUUUUUUUUUGAAACAUUACCGCGGUCGUUAAAAAAAAAAAAACACUACAGAAGUGUGCACGUACGGUCGAGACCCAAUCGUCGCGUCGACUUCGCUCACAAACUGUCCGGAAUCGAGCAAACCUAUCCUAGCACAGAAACCGGAAAAUAUCUUAUCAGAUGGACAAUUGAAAAGGGAGUUGCGAAAAUUCCAUUCGUACGGCAGGUGCCUCGUCGAACUGAAUGAUGCAAUCCGUCUAACGGCUAAAUAAGACAUCGCGAAGACCAUGGACGGGUCGUCGGUUUUGUUUUUGUGGUGGUCGAUGAUAAUGCUGACAUCUGUCGACACCACAUUCGGCUGUCAGUUGUCCGAGUUCAUGUGCGACACGGGCUAUUGCGUGGCCUUAGACAAAUACUGCAACGGCUACGACGAUUGCGGCGACAAGUCGGACGAGCCGCCUUACUGUUCACCGUGUAACCGGACUUAUUACGGCGAAGUGGCCAGAACUUACGAACUUGAAGUCCGCAGGCCCAGAGAAGACCGCUUGCCGUUCUUGUGCUACUUGAACUUCACCGCGGCCGGGGGCAAGUACGGUGACAUCAUACAGUUGACCUUCGAUACGUUCACCGUGGGGAGGUUCGUUUCGUACACGUCUGACGGUUGUCCGGACGGGUACAUGUCGAUCAGAGAGUGGCAGUUACCGGACACUGGCGGUCAGUGGUGCGGUAGCGCUUGGGGAUUCACGGUGUACUACAGCGAGACCAAGUCCAUCAAUUUGACGUUGAUUCUCAGCAAACUCUCGGAACAGGGUAUCGGUUACAAUUUCGAUUUCAAGUUGUCGUACAAAUACCUGAAGAAGAGCGACGCGCACCUGAGGUACGGCAACAGCACGUUCCAGACGUGGCGGGGCCAAAUGAUAGCCGGCAGUUACUGCGACCGGAUACUGGACCAGUGCGACCGGAAACCGUGCCGGGUGCAAUCGCCCAAUUACCCGGGAGCCUAUCCGAGGAACGUCACUUGCUACUACCGCAUAGAGCAGAGGACGGCGCCAAAAUCCAAAAGGGCGUUGAUCGUGGUCAGACAGCCGAACGCCCACAAGAUACACAUUAAAGAUCAAGUGAUCAACUACGACCGGAGCCAACGAACUCUCAGGGUGUGGGACCAGUGCAACGUGAUACAAGACUACUUGACAGUGUACGACGGGUCUUUGGCUACUGACCCGGUGCUGGUAAGGUUGUGCGGUGGCGACGUAGUGCCGGACAUAGUCAGUUCUGGUCCCAACAUGUUACUGGAAUUCCAUACUUCCGCAUUCGACAACCCGUUCCAUCCGGUACCGCUGAGCUACUUGCCGGGAUUCGAGCUGGACGUACAGAUACUGUUUGUGGACAACAAAUCUCCCAGCUACGCCAAGAACACCAGCCAAUGCGAGUUCUUCAUCAGACCCUACAACAACACCAACUGGGGUCUGCUGGACAGUCCAAGGCACUCGUUGCCUCCGAACACGUCGUGCAAAUACCAUUUCCAGGGGUUAAGCCAUCAGACCGUGUGGCUGUCGUUCAUCAAGUACCACGCGGCCAGCACCGACCCAAACGCCUAUCACCUGAGCAACGAGUGCAACGCCAGACUCCGGAUAUGGGACAAAGUCGCGUCGCCCAAGACCAAAAAGGCCAAAACUGUGCUGUUGGGCGAGUUUUGCAAGGAACAAGAACUGCCUCGCUUGUGCGAUCACGCCCUGUUGGGCAACGAAACACGACACGUUAGGCCAUGCACUGCCAAAGAGUCGUAUACUUCGUCUGCGGACGAGCUGACCGUGGAGAUUUUCCUGAAACAGGGCUCUGUGCUGUUCCCGCUGCAGUUUCUGUUGCGGUACGAAUUCGUGGAUCAGUCGGUGGAACAGCUGCAGCUGUCCGUGCCGGCGACGGCCGUGUGCGAUCGCACGUUCACUUCCGGUGCCGGCCCGUUCGGUUCGCCCAAGAACGUGUUCUUCUACGGCCGCGGCGGCCGCCGGAACCUGACCUGCGUGUUCCGGUUCGUGCCCGCCACGCCGAACGAACGUGUCCGGAUCACCGUGUCCCGCAUGCACGCGGACGCCGCCGGCCAGGCGGGCUGCUCCACCGAAACGGACGCCCGGACCGACAGGAUGUGCUGCGCGUACGCGACCAAAGACGGCGCCAGCUCCGGCACCGGCGUCCGCGCUCUGCUCACCGUGUCCCAUUACCCGUGGCCCGACCUGGAGUUGCCCGUCGGGUGCGCGUGCUCGAAUCCCCGGAAACCGCAUGUCAUCGAAUCGUACCCGGGUGCCGCCGUUCGCGUCGAAUUCACCGUCCGCGACAUGAACGUUACUCAGGACCACAGAGACUUCGGGUUCGCCGCCGAGUACGCGUUCGUCAAGAUGCCAAUCCACGUGACGGACGCCUGCCGAUCGCUGAGCAAAGACCGACGACUGCGUGGUCCGGGCGGCGUCAUACAGUUGGACGCCGGCAUCGUUAACGGCGGCGGCAGACGAAACUGUACCGAUUUCCCGUGGCUGCUCGAACCGUCGGCCGAAAGCGGCGUGAGUUGGCCACGACGUACCGGCGGCUAUGUCUUUCUGAAACUUCGUGGGUACGAGAUUCCGUCACACCGGUGGCAGACCAACUCGUUCAUGUGCGCUACCCGGAACCGCGUGGUCGUGUAUUCCGGCGUGGGCCAAAAGUCGGCCAAGGUCAUAUGCCCCUUCGACCUAGGCACCGAUCACCAAUUACGCAGCUCGUUCGAGACGUUCUCGCCCGGCUGGACCGAGACGCUCACGGACGCCCAACAACUGCGCACAGAUUCCAGAAGCGUGGCCGUCGAAUUUUUGGAGCGCGAAAUCGGAUCGUACGCCGUCACAUGGAUGGAAGUGUCCAAGAUGCCGCGCAUCAUGCCGUCGACCAACGUGCACGCCAUGCCGUCUAACGUGCAUCCCGAAUGCGCCUACAAGUGCCCAGAACUUAACGCUUGCAUCAGUUCCAAGUUCUGGUGCGACGGCGUGCCACACUGUCCGAUGGGCUUCGACGAGGAUCCGACCAACUGUGCAAUCAGCUCGGGCAUCGUCAACCUCACCUACGUUGGCGUGCUGGGCGCUUCGGCUCUGGUGCUGUUCACGUUCACUACGGUGGCUGCUGUCGCUUGUCUUAAGUACAGGGCCAAGCGGUCAAGGCGAGCCGAAGACGGUGGUCGGAGACGUCGGUCUUCGCAAAAGUCCGGGGAUCCCAUGGCCGCCGCCGCGGACAGGCUGCACGGCAACAAGAUGACGUUCUUGGAUCAGAACGGCGGUGCCAUGAACAAACGAUACCCUUCGUCGUCGGACGACCUGUACUUGGAAUGCAAGGACAGCGUGUGUUGACAAAAGGACGGCCACGACGAACCGGUAGAGACUACCGUUUGACACUGUACUCCGGCUUUGACUACAGCUGUCGUUCAGACUCGCUAAGCCGCCAGACGGCCACCGGGUUGUUUUUAACAAUAAGGUUUCGCCCUUUAGAUAUGUUGCUAUUUGAUCCUUUUCCAGAAAGAGGCACAAAUCCAUUCCCUUCGACUAGAACAAUCCCAAGAACAGUUCCUUUACCUUUUGGUCGUUUGUAUUCUCGGCGUGGUCGACAUUAUUAACCGUUUAGUAGGGCCCUCGACUACAUUCCUUGAAUGUUUGCUGAUUGUUCAAUCAGUGCCAAAUGUCACGGUCGUGGUUUAAGCGAUUCUGUCUGGGUUUUUCCGCUUCCUAAAACUAUCAAUCGCUCAACUCUUAGUACAAUUGUUUUACAGCCUAAGUAAUAGAUAUCUAAAACAUACGCCUUGUCCGCCUGUACGAAACGAAUCAGACAAUUGCAACAGUGUAUGAACAUCGCAAUGCUUUAUCAUACGUCAUCAUCAAACCGUUUGGUCCGCCGUAAUAUUAAAACUUACAUUUUGGACUUUAUUUCCCAUUGCUUUAGGACGGGUUUCGUUUGAAAUAAUCUAUUGGUUGUUACGAUCAGUGACAAUCACAUUGACUGAGUACUAAUAUUAAUUAUUCACGAUACCGCUUGUGCGUUAUUACUUGAAUAUUAUCUCUAUAUUUUAACUGUGUAUAAUAUUCGUGUAAAUAAGUUACUGUAGUUUUUUUUUUUUCAAAAUCCCUAAUGACUAUUAAGGACUAAUGACCCUAAUGAUUAAACGCUUAAGAUUGUUUUCCAUAAUAUUGUCAGUGAGCUGUGCCACGCAGUACUCGCUGUUUCGCGUGAAUUUUCACUGUUUGUUUGAACUGUAGAAAUAUACAUAAUAUUUAAUACAAUUUCCUAUAAAUACAUUUAAAUUAUAUUAGUGGUAUUGACUAAUUAGUAUAAUACAAAUUUUAUUUCACAGCUAACGCUGUUAGUAAAUAACAAAAAAAAAAAAUAAUAAUAAUCAAUAAGAAUAGUUUGUAUAAAUAUUAAAAAUAGAACACCAGUUAUAAUUUAAAUGUUUUACAUCAUCUGAAAGGAUUUUCUAGUUGUUACGGUCUUAAAAGUGUGCAUACGGUAUUGUAAUUUACCACCAGUCAUUUGUAUAAUACUAUAAUAAGUAAUAAUAAUAGUUAACAUUGUAAACGUGUAGGACAAACAUAAGUUUAUGCAAAUUUAAUUAUUAUUUCCGGUUUGUAUUAAUCGUUAGCUGUAGUUUGAAGAAAUUCAAGCGAAUUUAUAUAUAUAUAAAUUGUUGUUCGAUGUAUUUCAUGUAAUUAACUAAUUAUUGGAUUUCGAGUUUUGCCGUUGUUGUUUCUAUUAAAGCGGAUACGGCGAACCAUGUCAAUGGAACCCACGUGUUUGCUUACCACUUCACAACGGUGAAACUUUUAUGUAAGAAUCAUAAAUAACUUGUUAUAACCUUAAUAUUCAAUUAAAUAAUUUUACCGAAAUUACAUUACUAUUAU